AUGCUUGUAACAAUAUCUGAUGCAUGGCACCGCUUUGACCUGCAUUGGGAUUCAAUGAAGCGGUCUCCCAACAUGAGGAAUUUCGGUGCCGCUUUGCUCGGAAUGGCCGCUUGCUUCCUCGUAUUAACACCUCUGAUACCCAAAGUCCGCGACUGGGUGAGGCCAGUUGCAGAGGACUACAUGUCAACAUUGGCGUUCCCAAGCCACCCCUUCGUGCCGUGGCGCCGGAUGUCCUUCUUGUCACUGAUGCCGACACUAUUUCGCGAACAUCUCGCGCGUUCAAAAGAACCCUCGGCUACUGUCAAGAGCCUCAUGCUCGAGUACAAGAAGCAGAGGCUACCCUUCAUGACCUCCUUCCCUGCAGAAGGCGGAGCUGCCAUUUCAGAAAUGGAAUUGGCGCUACAGCAGCCGCGCCUCCGUGAUAGGAGCUUAGAUCUUCAGCCAAGGCAGCAGCAAACACAGCAGCUGUCCUUCGGCAGCAAGAACUCAGACGACAGGGAUCUGUGA